AUGGACGUGAUUAUCGUUAUACUAACUAUUACCGCGGCUUCAGGCGCGUUUGUCAAUGAUCUUAAAUAUGCCGAGAACUAUGUCAAUCAUAGAGAGUUUUUACUACGGAAGAAGUACAUGCCGCAUUACCAUAUAACGGCGCCUGAAGGCUGGAUUAAUAAUCCUAGUGGAUUUACUAUAUUUAAAAGACAGUAUCAUCUUUUUUACCAAUACCAUCCUUAUAACGGUGCUUGGGGUCAUAUGAGUUGGGGCCACGCUGUCAGUGAUGAUUUAGUAGACUGGACCUAUUAUCCCGCAGCUCUUAUCCCCAAGGACUAUUAUGAUCUGCAUGGGUGCCUGUCUGGAACUGCGCUCGUGAGGAAACGCUAUCUCACAUUAUUCUAUACUGGUACCAUAGUUGAAGAUUCUGAAAGCUUACAAACCCAAAACAUUGCAUUAAGUACGGAUGGGAUAAUUUUCCAAAAGUAUCUUUAUAAUCCAAUCAUAAGAAGAUCGCCGAAUCGUUUUGAAGAAAAUCGGAACCCAAAAGUGUGGCGGCAUCGCAAACUUUGGUACAUGCUUGUUGGAGCAACAAAUAUACUAGGAUGUGGACAGUUAAACUUGUUUACUUCAAAAGAUAUGUUCAAUUGGGAACUGAAUGGCACCGUCAUUGAGUCUUACGGAGACAUGGGUCAGGUAUGGGAAAGUCCCGAUCUAUUUCAAAUUGGUGAACACCACGUACUGAUGCUGUCUGUUCAAGGAGUAAAAUCAGACGGGUUUAGAUACAGGAAUUUGUAUCAGACAGGUUACAUCGUUGGAAAAUUUAAUUACCAACGAGGUAAAUUUGAAGAUGCAGAAAUUUCAACAGCAACAUUCAACGAAGUGGACUACGGUCAUGAUUUUUAUGGCGCGAAAACGACGAAGGCCUCAGACGGCAGAAUAUUGAUGGUUGCGUGGCUUGGAAUGUGGGAAAGUGACUUCACCGAGUCGACGACUGGUUGGGUCAGCAUGUUGACAUUAAUAAGAGAAGUACGAAUUAAUAAAUUUGGCCGCUUAUUAAUAAAUCCUGUUAGGGAAAUUGCUGAGUUACGAGUGGAAAUGAUUGAAAACGCUUGGUAUAAUCCCGGUGAAAAGUUCCCUGCAGAAGCCAAAGCAUUCGAGUUGGUCGUUAAUUCAACCUCAGCGUUUUCCGAUGUAGGUAUUAUAUUCGAGUGGGAGAAAGGACAUUUUGUAAUAGCUUUUUCUGCCAAUCAUGGCUAUGUUAGUGUAGAUAGGGGAGGAGUGGACGGGAUUCGGCGUGCGUACUGGUCUCCCGAUAAAUUCUUCUUUUUAAGGAUCUUUAUCGAUGCGAGCUCCAUAGAAAUAUUCUGUGGAGAUGGUGAAGUAGUAUUCUCCAGCAGAAUUUACCCUAAAGCUAUAAAUAUAAGAAUAGCUGGUCAGACUCCUCUACAUAUCGAGCAGUAUCGGUUAAGAAGAAGUGUUGGAUUCGAUAGUAAACUUGUAAAACGACUGAUGGAUACAGUAUUGAACGGGUCUUAG